CAAAGACAGAAAGCCAACCUACCUUGCCUCUGAUGGAAGCCAAUAUCAUGAGAUCGUUGAUGGGUUGUACCUCCUUCACGCCGUCGGUUCUCAUCCAAAAAGGAGCCAUCAUCCCCCGCCGAUGCAUCCGCCAUCUCUGCUUAAGGACAGCUGUGUCCGCCCAUGGCUCCUCUUCUGAUGCAGCUAUGGUAAUUGAUAAACAGAAGGUUGCAGUAGACAUCUUACAUGAGAUCAGAACGGAAGUCUCAAGAAUGAAGGAAUCAAUUGGCAUGGUUCCUGGAUUAGCAGUACUCCAUGUUGGGGACACAAAACUCUCCACACCUUACUGGGCAGCUUGUGGAUUUGUUGGCAUCAGAUCAUUUGAAGUUCAUCUAGCCGAAGAUACGACAGAAGAGAAGACGUUGGAAUGUGUCUCAAGCUUCAACGAUGAUCCUUGUGUCCAUGGCAUCCUUGUUGAGUUGCCUCUACCAACGCAUAUGGAUGAGCACAAGAUAUUAAAUGCGGUUAGUAUAGAGAAAGACAUCAAGGGAUUUCAUCCAUUAAAUAUUGGACUGCUUGCUAUGCGCGGAAGAGAACCCUUUUUCCUUCCACAGACUCCAAAAGCAUGCAUCGAGCUGUUACACCGGAACAACAUUGAGAUCAAAGGAAAGAGAGCUGUUGUUAUCGGCAGGAGUAACACUUUUGGUAUGCCAGCUGCUCUAUUACUGCAGAGAGAAGAUGCAACUGUUACCAUUAUCCAUUCAAAAACCAAGAACCCUCAAGACAUUACAAGACAAGCUGACAUCAUAAUCUCUGCCGUUGGUAAACCAAACAUGGUCAGAGGAAGCUGGAUAAAACCGGGAGCAGUCAUCGUCGAUGUUGGGAUUAGUUUUGUUCGAGACCGAAAUGCUCCUGGUGGCUUUCGAUGGGUCGGAGACAUUUGCUAUGAGGAGGCUUGCGAAGUUGCAUCAGCUUUCAUAACUGAUGUUGGUGGCGACGGACUACUGGAAUCAGACAUGCUUCUAUCGAACACUUUGACAUCAGCCAAGAGAAUUCACAACUUCCUGUGACCUUAAAAUUCAUGCAUAAUUUCUUUUCAGUUUUGUUAAAUCUAGGGUUUUCUUCUGGUCGUCCGACAUUGCAGAUUAUCUUAUGUUCUAGUGUGUUUUUGUUGAAGUUAUCUCAUAACUUACUGUGGCCUUAAAUUCAUGCAUUAUUGCUUUUCAGUUUUGUGGUUUCCAGA